GUUGACGAAACAAAAACAAAACCCGGGUAUUUUUCACCGCCAGACUGUGCAGAUCUUCUCGAUCAGCUGGUGGAGUCGACAAGGGAAACAUUACCGGCUGUAAUCUUUCAGGGUUUUACUCUUCUGCCGCGAGUCUAUCGGACCAAUAUGGAGAACAGAAAACGGCAGUUGGAGGCAGUUGUGACCGACAACCACUGCUUCAAAACGCCGGAGAAAAGGGUGUCAUUGGUCCGGCUGCUGGACUCCGACUACAUGCGAUGGGGAGUGAAAGAAACAUGUCAGUACCUGCGAAGAGAAGAUCUCGUAGAGUGGGAAGAUAUAUUUAAAGCACAAAAGAUCACAGGUGUUGGGCUGCGGUAUCUCAGUGACGCUGAUCUGGAGAAGAUUGGUAUAAAGUGCCUUGGUGACCGUCUGAAGAUCCUUCAUAGCUUCAGGAAGCUGUGGCAGACAGGAGCAGAGCCAAAUAAGGUGUUUAAUGAUCCUAUUCACGGGCAUGUGGAGUUGCACCCUCUUCUCGUCAAAAUCAUCGACACGCCUCAGUUCCAGAGACUACGAAAUCUCAAGCAGCUUGGAGGGACCUAUUAUGUUUUCCCCGGAGCAUCCCACAACCGGUUUGAACACAGCAUUGGAGUGGGACACUUGGCUGGGCGGCUCGUAGAAGCUCUGAACGAGAGGCAGCCAGAGCUCCUCAUCUCUCGCAGAGACAUCCUUUGUGUGCAGAUCGCUGGGCUCUGCCAUGACCUGGGUCAUGGGCCAUUCUCCCAUAUGUUCGACAGCAAGUUCAUCCCCACAGCACGUCCAGGAAUUUCCUGGAAGCAUGAGAAAGCCUCUCUGAGCAUGUUCGACUAUCUGGUGAAGGAUAAUGGCCUGAAGCCGGUGAUGGAGCAGCACGGCCUGGUGCUGCCCGAGGACCUGGACUUCAUUAAGGAACAGAUUGCUGGACCACCGAACUCUGUUUCAGUUCAAGAUAAGAAGUGGCCAUAUAAAGGCCGUCCAGAAGACAAGUCCUUCCUUUAUGAAAUCGUGGCCAACAAAAGGAACGGCAUUGAUGUGGACAAAUGGGAUUACUUUGCCAGGGACUGCUACCACCUGGGCAUCAAGAACAACUUUGACCAUGGCCGCUUCAUAAAGUUUGCCAGGGUGUGUGAGGUGGACGGGCAGAAGCACAUCUGCACUAGAGACAAGGAGGUGGGCAAUCUGUAUGACAUGUUCCACACGAGGAACUGUCUCCACAGAAGAGCCUACCAGCACAAAGUGGGCAACAUCAUAGAGACUAUGAUCACAGAGGCCUUUUUAAAGGCAGACAAGCACAUCCAGAUUGAAGGCUCAGAAGGGAGGAAGUUCACCCUCUCCACAGCCAUAGAUGACAUGGAGGCCUACACCAAGCUGACAGAUCAUGUGUUUGAAAGAAUUCUCCACUCCUCCUCUCCGGAGCUGGCUGAGUCGAGGCAGAUUCUACGCAACAUCGUCUGUCGACGCCUCUAUAAAUGUCUGGGCCAAACUCAGGCCGAACAACCCUUGAGUGUCACCCCGGAGACAAUUCGCAAAUGGGAAGAAGAUCUGGCUGAAUCCCUCCGUCAGAGCGGCUCUAACGAUGGCAGUCUGCAGCCGGAGGACUUUGUAGUUAGUGUCAUCUAUAUGGACUAUGGCAUGAAGGAUAAGAACCCCAUCAACAAUGUGCGUUUUUAUUGCAAGGAUGACUUGUCCAAAGCCAUCCAGAUCCGCAAGAACCAGGUGUCUAAACUUCUCCCAGAGCAGUUUGCUGAGCAGCUCAUCAGGGUUUACUGCAAGAAGACCGACGACAGGAGUCUGGAGGCUGCCAAGAAACACUUUGUCCAGUGGUGCAUCAACAUGAACCUCUCAAAGCCUCAGGAUGGAGACAUAAUAGCACCUGAGCUGACGCCUCAGAAACCCAGCUGGUCGAACAACAAUGAGGGUGAGGGCAGUGAGAGUGGCGGCUCCACGGAGGUAAACUGUGCUACUGUGAAUGGACAGAAGAAAGCCAAAGUUCAGCUGUUUAAAAAUUAAAACAGUUUCUACGACCAAAUAAAUAGUUUUCAACUAUAAAGAUAGUUGUUACAUACUAAGGGCCUUUACUCAGGGUUUUUACACAGAUCACUCAAUAUCAUACACAUCUUUUGUUUUAGUUUUCAUUUUUAAUCAGGUUUUUAUUUUGGACUCUUAACAUUUGAAACUUGGGGUCAAGUUUUAAAUUGGUUUAUUGUUUUCUACUAUCAUGCCUGUGUGUUAUGAUCAAUAAAUCAUGGUCAAUUUGAAUGUUUUACUCUGAACAUGUGCACAGUAUAUUUCAGGGCAGCAUUUGAUUACAGCAUCCAACAACAUUGUGUUUUCUUUUCACAAAACUGCCAGGGUUGAGUACGUUAUAGCUGCUGUCAGAGGUUUCUGUGAGCACACAGAUUCUGACAUCUAAAGUGAGCAUUUGUUUUAACCUCACUUUGGUUUGACCUUUCUUUGAAAUAUAUGUAUUUAAGUUCUGGUUGAAUGUGUUAUGCGUUGCUUUAUUUAUUGUUCCUAAGUAGCUAAAGUUGUUCAUUAGGGUUUUUUUCAAGUUAUUGAUCUGUGUAAUGUUUUUUAAUGGGAUUUUUGAUACCAUCUAAACAUGUUUCCCCCUUCAAAAUGUGAUGUGAUCUUUCCUCAUAGCUGGUUGUUUUAUUUUGCUGAUUGUGUAAAAAAAAAACAGUGCUAGUGGAAAAUUUACCAAGGGAAAAAAAAACAUUUAUUUGUAUUCCUAUUGAAAGGAGUUGAAAAGUGUUUGAAAAUAAAACUCUUUCUCUCAGAUGUUGUCAUGUAAGUACAUUUUUUGAACACCAGAGGGCAUCAUGUUCCAGUAUUUAGUAAGCAUUGAGAUUUAUAAAAGUCAUCAGUGUUUCCGUAAAGUUGAGAAUACAGGUGCACUCUCAUUUUAGGGGUGCGUAAAUUUGCCCUGCAGCUUGGCAAUGCAUGGAAGAUAUUCAUAACCUUAAAUGAAAUAAACAGAUUUUUUGAUUUAAAAAAUGUGUUUAUAUUCAAAAUCUUACUAGUAAUGGUACAGCACUAGGAGUAUGCAUUGUAAAGAAAACUGUCCACAUAAGUGUUAUAUAAGUGUACAUUCUAUUAUCAUUCCUCACUGUUUAAUUUGACUGUUGUUCUAUAGUUUUUGGUUGAGUUUUUGGCGGAGGUGGUAAACUAAAUAUUACCUUGAGUACUGUACUGAGGUAACUUUUGUGAGUAUUUCCAUGUAAUGCUACUUUAUACUAGUUUUUCAUGUAAAGUCUUAAACUAAAAUGUUCCACUUAAGCUUCAAAUCAAAGAGUGUGUGUGUGUAUACACAUUGAUAUUUUCUUAUAUGCGCAUAUGAUUUUUGUGUUAAGUAUACUUAAAACAAAAAGUAAGGCAAUUUGUGUUUGGUAGAUGAUUUCUAUGUUGUAACAAUGCUUUUUGGCAAUAAAUCUUAUACC